UCUAAACAUUAGGAAACUCAAAAAGGAUAUCCUUUUAUAGCUUUUACAUGAUUGUUGUCUUCUGUGCUUUCCUCUCUUUAUUCGGUUUUGCCUCGGAUGAGUCACACCGAAAAGAAAUAAAGAAAAAAUCUAAUCAAAUCCAAAAUCCAAUAUCCAAUAUCCAAAAUACAACACAAACACAAACACGAUCAGAGCCACUAAUCCACAGUUUCUGACGCCUUUCAUUCUCUUUCUCUUCCCAUAAAUUCCCACCUCAAAGGGAAACACUAAUUUCUAUUCACUCAUCCAUGGCAAUAAACACGUGUUGUGAUGAUAAACCAAGCCUAGAAAUUAGCCCUCGAAUUUCGUUCUCACACGAUCACAGACACACAGCCCCAGCCCCGGUGGAAGACCCUCACGCACCAGACACGUGCGUGUUAGACUCCAGCCCAGACUUCGUCUUCUGCAUCCAAAACGGCGUCGCACAUAAACUCUCUUCAGCUGACGAGCUUUUCUCCAACGGUAAGAUCGUUCCGACGCAAAUCAACAGAGUUUCCAUUUCCAACGAACCCCAUCGCCACCCUAUGGCCACAGGCAAGAAGCUGCUGAAAGAGUUCUUAUCGGAACCCGACGAGGACAACGACAACAAUAAUAACAACAAUGAUAAUAAUAAUAAUAAUAUCGUGAUGCAAGAAAGGGCCAAUUCAGUUUCCUCUUUCUGGCGCAGCAGCAGCGUGAACUGCGAUGGCGCCACACGUGGCAAGAGCAUGCUUCGUUCCUCUAUGCAGUUUCUGUCGCGAAGCUAUUCGACAGGAUCAGCGCCCAGCACGCCGAAACACGCGGUUGUCGUGAAACAAACGCAUAGGCUGCAGAAACAGUCCUCUGGUUCUUCCUUGUCCUUCUCCUCCUCGUCCUCCGCGAGUUCAAGUGCGUAUUAUUUCUACGAUUCGUGUCAGAAACCUUCGUUAAACAAAAAUUUUGGAUCCACUUCCGGUAAAGGGGUUCGAAUUAGCCCAGUUUUGAAUCUGCCGCAUCACAAAGCCACUAGGAGCGUUUUCGGAUUUGGCUCGCUCUUCUGUAAUGGGAAGUUUAAAAUUAAAGGAAGAAAUAGAAAGAGUUAAUUGAUUUUUUUUUUAAUAUUAUUCAUGCAUCAUUUAUGAAUCAUGGGCAAAUGCUUAAGCGCGCUGCACUUCUGCUGUGUAUGGUUCUUAUUUUUAGUUUUGUGCACCCGUGAGAUUUUUUAUUUUAAUCAUAUUAUUAUUGGUAUGAUUAUCUGGUAAUCUGAAUAGUUAUUUUUAGCAAGAUUUUUUUUUUUAUCAUGUUUCAGCGUAAAAGUCAAACUCGAAACCUUACUCCAAGAGAUUAAGUUUGAUACUAAGAUGAUUGACUUGUUGAUUUGCACUAG